AUGGCGUCCAUACCGAGGAAACUCUGGGAACAUCCGAAUCCCAAAAAGACACAGAUGUACGAAUUCAUGCAAGUGCUAAACAAAAAGCACAAUCUCGGUCUCAAGACAUUUCAAGAUUUGUAUCAGUAUUCCAUUGCUAAGCGUUCCGAUUUUUACGCUGCUCUCUUCGAUUACUUGAAUAUUAUAUAUACUGGCUCUUAUACGCAAGUAGUGGAUGAAAGCAAACCGAUUGACGCUAUCCCGCGAUGGUUCGAGGGCGUCCAAAUUAAUUGGGCCGAGAACAUUUUAUGGUCUCGGAGCUCCUCGGAUUCUACCGAUCACCACGGCCAAGUUGGAAAGGAAGAUACCAAGAUUGCUAUAACAGAAGUCCGAGAGGGCGUAUCAGAAGUCAGGCAUGUUACAUGGCUUACGCUUAGAAAUCUUGCAGCCCUCUACGCUUCCACCUUAUACAAUGGUGGGGUGAGGCGAGGUGAUCGAGUAGUCGUUGUUGGUUCCAAUAGCGUUGAGACUCUUGUCAUCUACCUCGCGACAACAUGGCUAGGCGCUAUCUUCAGCAGUAGCUCGACUGAUAUGGGUGUUCAGGGAAUACUUCAGAGAACAGUCCAGGUCAAUCCCAGGUAUAUCUUCAUGGAUGAUGCGGCUCUUUAUAAUGGAAAACGGGUGGACCUACGCCAGAAGAUGGCUGAUGUCGUCUCUGGGAUGAAAGACUGUGACCAAUUCUUGGGUUUGGUCUCGAUUCGCCGUUUCAAGGAUGCAUUGGACAUCAGCAACAUCCCCAAGAGUCAGACCUUAAAUGCGUUCCUUGAAAAAGGGAACGCAUCAUCUCCCCCGCCAAUCACUCGCAUUGCUUUUCACGACCCGUUCCUCAUUUGCUACUCCUCAGGAACCACUGGUAUACCCAAAGCGAUAGUUCAUUCAGUAGGCGGAAUUAUUCUCAACUACGGCAAAGAAGGCCGUCUUCAUGAUGACGCUUCCUCCGAUACCGUCUCACUCCAAUAUACCACGACGGGUUGGAUCAUGUACUUGGUAUGCGUUGGCCAGCUACUAUUCGGCGGGAGAGUAGUUUUAUAUGACGGGUCGCCCUUCCAACCCGAUCUUCAGGCGUUCAUCAAGUUGAUUGGCGACCAAAAGGUCACCAAACUUGGGACAAGCCCUCGGUGGUUCUAUGAAGUCUCCAGAGCGGGAAUCUCGCCUAAACAGAUCACAGACUUAUCGAGCCUAGAAGCGGUAACAAGUACAGGCAUGGUACUUCCUAACCAGCUAUUCGAGUGGUUCUACGAUAAGGGUUUCCCACCAAACGUCCGUUUGAGUAAUAUAUCAGGUGGGACUGAUAUUGCUGGAUGUUUUGGGAUAGGCAACCCGCUGUCUCCUGUGUACGUAGGCGGCACGCAAGGGCCGUCUCUGGGGGUCGAAGUAGCCUUAUAUGACUCGCUCCUCCCCUCCGGUCCGGGAAAAGAGGUGCCAGAUGGAACACCCGGAGAACUUGUGGCUACCGAGUCGUUCCCAAACGUGCCGGUCUUUCUAUGGGGCGACAAGACGCCUCCAGCAGCGCCCGGGACGAAAUUUCACUCCGCUUACUUUGCUAGAUUCGAUCACGUUUGGGCACACGGCGAUUUCUGUGUAUUCCAUCCUGUUACUAAGAACCUUACCUUCCUUGGGAGGGCUGACGGUGUACUCAACCCCAGCGGAGUGCGCUUCGGCUCUGCGGAGAUCUAUUCGGUCCUUGAGAGGAAUUUCGCCGAUCAAAUAGCCGAUUCCAUUUGUGUUGGACAGAGGCGACCUCAUGACAACGAUGAGAGUGUGAUGCUAUUCCUACUAAUGCGGCCGGGUCAUAAAUUCGACAAAAAACUUGUUAACCAAGUGAAAGAAGCCAUCAAGACCGAGACGACCAAGAGGCACGUGCCCAAAUACGUAUUUGAGACCCCCGAAAUACCUACUACGGUCAAUCUCAAGAAAGUCGAGUUGCCAGUAAAGCAGAUUGUAUCGGGUCAAAUCGUUAAGCCGAGUGGCACGUUGCUCAACCCGAAGAGCUUAGACUAUUACUACCAGUUUGCUAAGGUAGAAGAACUUGUUACACCUAAAGAGAAAUUGUAG